CUAAACAAAAAAGAUAAACCCCAAUGGCGGCCCAUCAACUGAGAGUGGCAGCAGGUGGGGGGAGCUUCCUCUUCUCUCAAAACCUGAAGAUCACCAAUUAUACCAAAGCCGGCAGGCUACGGGAUGCAGUCGCAUUAUUUGAAAAAAUGACUCACAAAAACACGGUUACAUGGAAUGCAAUGAUAUCUGCAUACUCUAAGAGUGGCAAACUGUCUGAUGCUCGCAGCCUCUUUGUUCGUAUGCCAUCACGCAACAUCGUAUCAUGGAAUGCCAUGUUAUCAGGAUACAUGAAUCAUGGCCAUGUCAAAGAGGCGUCCUCUCUCUUCGAUGCCAUGCCCAUGAGAGACGCAUACACAUGGACUUUGAUGAUCACAGGCUAUGCUAAUAAUGGCCAACUGGGUAUGGCUAAGAAGCUUUUUGUGAUGGCCCCAAAUCACGACAUUCCUUUAUGGAAUGCCAUGGUCUCUGGCUAUGCUAGAAAUGGCAGGCUCACAGAAGCUCGAGAGCUUUUUGAUACCAUGCCUCAAAAGGAUGUUUUCUCAUGGAACACAAUGCUUUCGGGAUAUUCGCGAUAUGGGGAGGCCAAAGAGGCUCUCUUUCUCUUUGAAAAGAUGCCCCAAAAAGAUGGAGUUUCAUGGAAUUUGGUACUCAAUGCAUUGGUUAGGGAGGGAAGUAUGGACAAAGCUCACGAGCUCUUUGAUAAGAUGCCACACCGGAGCGUGGUCUCAUGGGUCACCCUCCUUACCGGUUAUGCACAAGCUGGGGAUACUGAAAAGGCUCACGAGCUCUUUGAAACAAUGCCCGAGCGUAAUCUUGUGGCUUGGAAUGCUAUGAUUGCAGGUUAUGUUCAUAAUUCUAUGAUAGAUGAUGCCUAUGAGAUAUUCUCUAAGAUGCCGGAGCGUAAUUCUCUCUCUUGGGCUUCUAUAAUAAAUGGUUUUGUUCAGGUGGGUAGUCUUGUAAAGGCAAGAACUUUGCUAGAGAGAAUGCCUUGUAAGAGCGUGGUUGCAGAGACCGCCAUGAUGGUGGGGUAUGUACAAAAUGCCAGAAUUGAAGAAGCUCGCCAUCUAUUUGACUGUAUAAGCUCUCCUGAUGUUGUCUGUUACAACACCAUGAUCUCUGGUUAUGCACAAUGUGGGAGAAUGGAUGAAGCAGAGUGUAUAUUCAAAACCAUGAUUCAUAGGGAUGUGGUCUCUUGGAACACCAUGAUAACAGGGUACUCUCAAAUCGGCAACAUGCAAAAGGCUCAAAAGAUGUUCGAAGAGAUGAGAGAGAAAAAUGUGGUCUCUUGGAACUCUGUGAUUUCAGGGUGCACUCAAAAUGGGCUAUACAUAGAAGCUUUAAAUUACUUUGUGUCAAUGCUGAGGUUGCAUGAGAAGCUAGAGUGUGCGACCUAUGCCAGUGUUCUCAGUGCAUGCUCUGGACUAGCGGCACUCCAGUGUGGGAAACAAGUGCAUGGACUAAUUAUCAAAAGUGGAUAUUUCCCUGAUCUCUUUGUAGGCAAUGCUCUCAUAGCCAUGUAUGCAAAAUGUGGAAAGGUUUCUUGUGCAGAACAAGCAUUCCGAGAGAUGGUUGAAAUGGAUGCAGUCUCAUGGAAUUCAUUGAUUGCAGGCUAUGCAUCACAUGGCCUUGGAGAAGAUGCAAUCAAGCUCUUUGAGAGGAUGCAAAAGGAAGCAAGCAUAGCUCCUGAUGAGAUCACAUUUGUGGGUGUGCUUUCAGCUUGUAGCCACUCAGGCUUGAUUGAUCGUGGGUUACGAUUGUUUAAUGGCAUGAUGAGAGAUUAUAAUUCAGUGAAGCCUAUAGCCGAGCACUAUGCUUGUAUGGUAGAUUUGCUUGGUCGAUCAGGGAGGUUAGAGGAGGCUUAUAUGCUCAUUAAGAGCAUGAAGAUAGAACCAAAUGCAGGUACUUGGGGUGCUUUGCUUGGGGCCUCUAGGGUUCAUGGUAAUUUGGAUCUUGGAACAUUAGCAGCUGAGAAACUUUUUGAGUUGGAGCCAUAUAAGACUUCAAAUUAUGUGUUGUUAUCAAACAUGAAUGCGGCAGCUGGUAGGUGGGGUGAGGUAGAGAGGAUCAGAAAGUUGAUGAGAGAGAGAGGAGCGCAUAAGCAACCCGGAUACAGUUGGGUAGAGGUUAGAGACCAUGUCCAUGUCUUCUCUGUUGAUGAUGCCUGGCACCCACGAAUAAUAGAGAUUUGCAAAGUGUUGGAUUCACUAUAUGCUCAGAUGACAGUGGCAGGGUACAAGCCAGUUCUAGUUUCUCUCUAUGAAUGUGGAUGAUCAACCUAUCCACAACUAAACAUCUCAUAUCUGUGAUUUGUGUUUGUGUUCAUGCGUACACAAGGUUCUGGGAUUUUCAAUACUAAAGUGAGAAAUAGCUUUCCAGCAUUAGUUGUGCGUUUUUUGAAUCAGAGAUGGUUCAGAAAACCAUGGAUAUCAUGACCAAAUAAUGAUGCUAUCACUUUGGGAUGAAUCAUAUCGUGGAAGCCCAAUAACCAGGAAAGAGCAGCCAUGGCAUUCCAGGGACAAGAGCUCAAGGGACAAAAGCAUCUUUAAAGGAACUAGCUAUUCUCGGAAGCUUCAUCCUUGCAACACCUGAUUACAGAACAAGUGCCAAGCAAUUACAGAACACCUAUGGAACCUGUUCCACAAUCUGGAUCAUAUUAAUGCUUUUGAAGCAUAUGUACUUUACAUCCCAAUUGAGAUUGAUAGCAGCAGGUCGAGGACAGGUGGCACGGAGACCACGACUUGUGGUUGGAGCCACGUUAUUUCGCUAAAGUUCUGUCCAUUGUAUGUUUCAGAAUGGCAGCUUGGCCUUACUCUUUUUGUUUAAUUCUGGAAGUUAUGUAAUGAAAUGGGGCCUUUGAUGCCCGGAACUCUUUAGAAAGUCAUGUACAGUGUAUUUACAGUCUGAGCACUGGGUU